AUGAAAUUCACCACCGUCUUCCUUACCAUUCUUGCUACUGCAUCUGCCUUCGUCAUUCCCGAGGGUAGUCGACGCGACGGCAUCUACCUCUUCUCCAAGGACGCCAAUGGCAACGACGUGAUGGAGUUUAAGCCGUACGCCAAAGCAGACGGUAUCACCGGUGUAACUCCCAACGUCAAGCGCGAUGACCGUAUCGAUGUUGGCUGUGAAGGCCCUGCUCUCGACCGCAAUGAUGAACACCAAGCCUGGCUUAAUGCUCGCCAGUGGUGCACGGAUGGCAACAGCCAGGGCUACGGCGCCAUUGCCAUGCCCUCUGCCGGAAGCGCUCUCUACUACAUGUGUGUCUUUACCUCGCACGCUCAAACCUGCAAUAACAACGAAAUCGACCUCGCUGGUGCCAGACUCAACAACCAGUGCGGUCUCGGGGGUGGCUACGUCUUCUUCCACCGCUGGAACAAGUCUAUUGGACGCACUGUUCAGGGACAGCGAUUCUGCACCAACCUGUAA